AUGCCUUGGCUUAUCAAAGGAAAUGACGAAAACCCAUCCGACAACUUAUUCUUUGUCCACGUUCCACGAUGUGGCGGCACCAGUCUGAUGCAUCACUACGAGGUUCCACAAAAGGCCAUGCAAGGACGAAGUUUGGGUGGCAAACUGGGCAUGAUUAUAUUCUUCAGACGGUACAAAGUUCUGGAGAGUGCCAACUUUCCUUGGAAAACCAAGACCUCCUUGACGUGCCUGGCGCUGGCAGCCUUUUGCAUUUACGUUCGCAUUGCGGCCGGACCAGAGGCUUCUUGGAUUGUCAAGGAUUCGAGCGUCAGCGUGGCCACAAUUUCGUUGCUCUUAUUUGUCUGUCUCAGCUAUCUCUUUACGGCCCCCACCAUUGGCCGAGUGACUGCGAUACGACGUGCCUACCUGGUGCUCAUUCACCACGUGUUGUGCCGGUUCAUGGAAAGCAUCGAAUGGUGCACGGGGACCAACAAGACGGGGUACAUGAUGCACUUGACAUCUACCAAAAUAUUGGAGAAUGAAUACGUCACCAAAGAAGUAUUUGAUCAAACCACUACCAUGGCCAUUGUCCGGAAUCCAUAUUCCAGAAUGGUUUCCAUUUACAAUUACAACAAGUUUGGAGACUUUGAAUCCUUUGAGGCCUUUUGCCAAGAUUGGUAUCAUCGCAUGACCAAACCCUAUCGGGAACGAGGGGAAUUGGACGAAUGGUACACGCCGUGCCACACCAUUCCUCAAUUUGAAUUCACACAUGCUGCUGCCUCGAACAACAAUAAUAACAACAACAACAACAACAACAACAACAACAAUGUGAUGAAACCACAAGUCCAAUGCAUCAUCAAACAAGAAGAAUUGAAACUACUCAAGAAAAUGAAGCAGGGCAAGGAUAUUGAUGAAGAAACACCUGCUGCGUACAACAAGUCGUCCGUUUGCAAUUUGCCUCCCAUUGUCAGCAAGGCCUUGUUGGACAUGCCACACACCAACUCGAGAGCGGGUGGCAAGAAGUGGCACGAAUAUUACAAUCAAGAAACUUUGGAUUUGGUAUACGAAAUGUACCAAAAGGAUUUUGAAGUCUUUGGAUACAAUCCUGUUUUGGAACAACGCACGGACUUGAAACCACCCAAACUGUUCUCCAACGAAUCCAAAACUGUGGAUGAAGAAGUAGAAGUAGAAGCCAAGUUUGUCAAUGAUAGUGGUGUUGAAUCAUCAUCGUCAGGACGAACCGAACGCGAGUCAGAUGACAGCAGUGACGAAUACCAACAACUCCAAGAUGUGCCAUUGCGUACUUCUACUACUACUACUACUACUACCAGGAGCCAGGAGGAUGAAACUAAUUAUGAGAAUGACGACAGUCAGUCAUCCAAUCGUCCUCCACGAUUGGAAUCAUUGGAUAACAGCAGCCGAAGCAUUAGCAGUGGCAGCAGUGAUAGUGACAGUGACGACGAUGAUGAAGAUAAUAACAGCCGGCGAAGAAGCCGAUUUGAUGUUCAAGUGCUUGAUGCGUAA